AUUCUCUUGGUUUUUAUCAAAACGACAGUGAUGGCAGAAUCAACGCCUUCUCGUAACCAGCAAUUCAAGGACCAGCAUAGCCAUGUAGCUCACGUCCCCCCGGGCGUUGCAAACGGGGUUGCUUCUAGUGUAGAGGACUUCAUGAACCUAGUACAAGAAGCUAAUGAAGCCAAUGAACGAGAACGGAAUAUGAAACUCCUCACCGCUUUCCGAAUCUAUCCCAAGGCCAUACUGUGGAGUAUCAUGCUCUCAUCGACACUCAUUAUGGAAGGAUACGACACUUCGCUUGUCGGUGCUUUUAAUGCGUAUCCGUCUUUCCUGAAUGUAUUUGGCAUCAAAGCGCCGGAUGGAACCCUUAAUAUUCCUCCAUCCUGGCAAAAUGGAAUCGGAGCAGCGACAAAUUGCGGUGAAGUCCUUGGUCUGCAAUUAGCGGGCGUGAUGUCGGACAGGGUGGGAUAUCGAUGGACACUCAUCUUGGCUCUAGUCAGCCUGACAGGUUUCAUCUUCAUUCCAUUCUACGCAAAGACAUUGACUGUCUUUUUGGUUGGAGAAUUGUUUCAAGGUAUCAGUUGGGGGGUGUUCCAAACAAUGACAACCGCCUAUGCAGCCGAGGUGUGUCCUGUUCCUCUGCGUCAUUAUCUAACAACAUUUGUCAAUCUAUGCUGGAUUAUUGGUCAAUUUAUCUCAGCUGGCAUCAUUCGGGGCCUAGUCAAUCGUCAAGACGUUUGGGGUUACAAAAUCCCAUUUGCAGUCCAAUGGGUCUGGCCAAUUCCCAUCGGCAUUGGUAUCUUUCUAGCUCCGGAGUCUCCAUGGUGGUGCAUUCGGAACGGAUAUACUGAGCGAGCUCGCAACUCUCUUCGAAAACUCACGGUUAAAAACUCGUCUUAUAGUAGUAGAGACGAAGAUCGGCAAAUUGCUUACAUGAUUUACACCGACGCAAUGGAGCGAGAAGUUUCAAAAGGGACUACCUAUUUUGAUUGUUUUCGCGGUACAGAUCUCCGGAGGUCUGAAAUAGUCUGUAUGACAUGGAUUGCACAGACGCUUUCCGGGACUGUUGUUGGUGGGCUAUCGUCAUACUUUUACGUGCGAGCCGGUAUCAGUACAGACGACGCGUACAGUCUUUCCUGGGGCCAAACUGCUAUCAGUGCGGUUGGUACCAUGACUUCGUGGCUAGUCUUGAAUCGUCUAGGUCGUAAGAGUUUGAUGUGCGGUGGUAUGGUUGUCAUGUUUUUACUCCUUCUGGUAGCAGGUGGAAUGGGCAUUCCCUCCACCCCGUCCACAGCGACAUCUUGGACCGCCGGAACCAUGGUCCUGCUUCUUUCGGCGGUGGCUGAUUUCUCCGUUGCGCCGGUAGUAUAUACUAUUGUCUCAGAAAUCCCAUCAUCGAGACUUCGAGCAAAAUCGAUCAUCCUGGCAAGGAAUGCUUACAAUAUAAUCAAUCUAGCCUUUGUCAACAUAAUAUCGUAUAGACAACUAAAUGCUUCGGCUUGGAAUUGGGGUCCAAAGGCAUGUUUCUUCUGGGCCGGUAUCAAUUUGUUGAUGAAUCUCUAUCUCUACUUUCGACUACCCGAAACAAAAGGGAGAACAUAUGCAGAGCUAGAUAUUCUCUUUGCAAAUCAUAUCCCGGCACGAAAGUUUUCAUCUACCAAAGUCGAAACAAUCAUUAAUCUCGAUACGAACCCGGCAAAGGUAGAAGUUACAGAACAUAGAGAAGAAGCCUAA